CACGGCCCCACUCAGACCCUUACAAACAAGGGGCCUCUGGGAACCCUGAGUCCUCAGUGCACUUAGAGUUCCACCAGGUGCUUCUAAAAGCUGGGCGUGGCCCCAGGGUGGUUUCCCUGGUGUGCUGGUAGGAUCUCAGUUCAGGCCAGAGGCUGGGACACAGCCUUGCAGAGCCACUUCAUGGGGUUGGACUCUGUGGGCAAGCGGGCACAUCACCCCAGGACACAGUCUCAGCCCCUACCACCGCCCACCGUGCUUUCACCUCUGCUCCUGUGGGGCCUCCUGCCAUAAAGGAGCCACACGAUUGCACACACAGGGUGUGGGUGAGGCAGGCACCAGCAAGUCAGCAGCAGGGAAGGAUGCGAUGUAGUGGAACUCAUUGCUACACCGUGUCCUGUUUCAAGCACAGGAAACUUUUAUCUCCUUUGCUCCCUGGAGACUCUCAAGUGUAAAGUUGGAGGUCCCAUGGGCCCUGGCCUGUAGUAGCCCUUCCCAUGCUGUAGCCACAGGCCCCUGUUCUUCAGGAGGCCGCCCCCAGUUGUCUGCCUCUGUGACUUCUCUGCUGCCUGGGGCCCUUCUUGUGGGCUCCCCUGGGGACUCUUCUCUGAGCAUGUUGGUCAUAGGAAUGUGGAAUCUGCUGAGAUCAGAAUGUAAUGGUUGGAAAAUCCAGGCACUCAAAGGCUGACGAGGAGCGCUGUCACUCUGAAGACGGGCAGGCACGGCGGAGGAGUAGAGCUGAGUGGGCACUCGGACCCAGGUCCUCUCACAGGCAGGGCAGGGCCCCUCAUUGCCUGCAGUCCCUGAGCAGGUACAAGGAAGGCCCGGGGGAGUCAUGGCAGAGCCCAGGCCUUGAGGGCCAAGGAGGAUCCCAUGGCCCUGGUGACAAGCCCAGUGGUGACCAGCACUCUGUGCCUAGCCUGGUGGCUCUGCCCUGAUGCAAAGCCUUCCAUUCACUGGCACACUUGGGGCAGCUGGAGCAGAACAGGAGGAUCUGCAUGGGGCUGCCUGAGAGGUGUCUCGGAGCAGAGGUGCCAGGCAGGGCCAGAGAAGCAGCUGUGCUCUGACUUGGGACAUGGGCACGGUGGGCAACAGGCCAGUGGGGUGGGGGCAGCACAAGGUCUAGGAGACCUGGGGCAGGUCCUGCAGCUGUUCCUCAGUGAGGGGUCCUGACCCCAGCAGGCCCCACUGCCAGCCUGAGGGUUAUUGUGGGCCAUGGCCAGGACCAUCCUGAAGUCCUUCAUCUGGACAUCAGUGCCAAGGAUCUGAAUAGUGUCUGCCUGACCAAGCCCUCAGGGCUGACCAGGCCUGGACUCCUGCAGAGAGACUGCAUGAUCUGCUCAUAGCCACACAAAGCAAGUGGGGCUGGGGCACGUGCCCUGUUCGCUGCAGCACCCUGCUCCGGCUCUCCUGCUGGCCCACAGCUGACCGUCACCAUUGCAGCUGUGUCCAAGCAGGACUGUGGCUUGACCCCCCAAACAAAGGCCUUCGUGCUGACAGAUGUGAUGCGGGCAGCCACCUGCCCAGCAAUGCUCAGGAAGGACAGGUUGUCACGGGAGACACACGGGACACAGCACAGGCCGCAGCUCAGGGUCUGGAGGUCAAAGCAGCACAGGUGCCUGCCAGGAAGGAGAGAAGGGGCAGCAGCCAGAGCUAGGCCACCAUCCUGGGAAAGCAGCCAGCCUGCUGCCCCUGGUCCUCCAGCCCACUGCCCCUGCAACCCUGCCCACGGAGUGACCCAGUGAGCACUGCACGACUGGAGUGCAGGGUUCCCGAGAGUGGUCAGGAACGGCCUCCACAGGGACUGUCCCAGGACUCUUGGAAGAGGACUCUCCUGCCAUCAGGCUGCCCUGGCUGGACCUGGCCGUGGCUCAAAGCCAGCCCUGGGAGUCACUGCUCUGACACGGUUUUGAAGACCAGGUGGGAGCUGGGUUCCUUGCAGGGCCGACGGCCUUGCUCAAGCACCACUUGCGGCCACUGGCCCACUUGACUGGGAGCUGGAGCCGAGUGCCCACACCUCUCGGCAGCCUUCCGUCAGCUGCUGGCAUCUGGGCCACAGGCCCGAGUUCCACCCGCUGAAGCACGGAUUUGACGAGUGGUUUGGAUCCCCCAACUGUCACUUUGGACCAUUUGACAACAGGGCCAAGCCCAACAUCCCCGUGUACAGGGACUGGGAGAUGGUCGGCAGAUUUUAUGAAGAAUUUCCAAUUAACCUGAAGACUGGAGAAGCCAACCUCACCCAGAUCUACUUACAGGAAGCCCUGGAUUUCAUCAGGAGACAGCAGGCCAGGCAGCGCCCAUUCUUCCUCUACUGGGCCAUCGAUGCCACCCACGCGCCUGUCUAUGCCUCCAGGCCUUUCUUGGGUACCAGCCAGCGAGGGCGCUAUGGGGAUGCUGUCCGCGAGGUCGACGACAGCGUGGGAAGAAUCCUGAGGCUGCUGCGGGACCUGAGCCUCACGGAGAACACCUUCGUCUUCUUCACGUCAGAUAACGGCGCUGCCCUCGUUUCUGCUCCCGAACAAGGUGGCAGUAAUGGCCCCUUUUUGUGUGGGAAGCAGACCACAUUUGAAGGUGGGAUGAGGGUGCCUGCGAUCGCGUGGUGGCCUGGGCACGUCCCUGCAGGCCAGGUGAGCCAUCAGCUGGGCAGCAUCAUGGACCUGUUCUCCACCAGCCUGUCCCUUGCAGGCCUGAAGGUGCCCCAUGACAGAACUGUUGACGGCCUCAACCUCCUGCCCGCCAUCCUGCAGGGCCAGCUGGUGGACAGGCCAAUAUUCUAUUACCGUGGCAACACGCUGAUGGCGCUCACUCUCGGCCUAUACAAGGCCCACUUCUGGACUUGGACUAACUCCUGGGAGGAGUUUAAACAGGGCAUCGACUUCUGUCCUGGGCAGAACGUCUCAGGAGUCACCACCCACACCCAGGAAGAGCACACGAAGCUGCCCUUGAUUUUCCACCUGGGACGAGACCCCGGGGAGAGGUACCCGCUCAGCUUCGGCAGUGCGGAGUACCAGGAUGUCCUUGGCAGGAUCACUCCAGCUGUCCAGCAGCACCAGGAGGCCCUGAUCCCUGGACAGCCCCAGCUCAAUGUGUGCAACCAGGCAGUCAUGAACUGGGCGCCUCCAGGCUGUGAAAAGUUAGGGAAGUGUCUGAGGCCUCCAGAGUCUGUCCCAGAGAAGUGCUCCUGGCCCCAUUAGCACCUGCUUGGAUCCCAGCCAGGCCCAGAAUCUCCACAGGCCCUGCAAGUGCCCAAGGGCAGGAAGUCUCUGACCUCAGGACACCCCAUUAAAGAGCGCCAACUGCCAGCUGCUCACUGCCAGACAGCACCUGCAACCAGCAGCGGGGCCUGCAAGACACCUGCCAGAGACCUGGUUCCAAAGUUCAUUCCUCGCUGCUCCUCACCCACCUGGCCCUGCAGCCCAUCGCCCCAGCUGGCUGUGAAGGAGGCCAUAGGCCCAUUGCUGCCUCCUGGCUGUUCCUGCGUCUGUUUCCAUCUUGGUGUUGAAGGACUGCUGGCAGCAGUGUGAUUCCAUGCUGAGCCCUUCAGUACUGUUGGGAUGCUCUCCCUGCACCACCCCACAAGGCUGUGGGCAGGAGUGGGAUGGGGAGGAGACAGACACUCCACCCCAAGAUGGGGUACCCACACCACUGCUUCUGUGGAGGGUGGCAGUGUCCUUGACUCUGUCCCAGCAUCCGUGAACCUGUCUGCUGUGGGUGCCGCCUGCCCUCCUAGGCAUUGCACGUGGUCUCAAGGCCCGUGAGUCACCUUCCACGAGUGGGUUUUCACAUCUGUACACUGGCUGUCAUACCAAAACGAACUGUAAAAGUUGCGAAGUUUCAAAGAAAGUAGGCUUAUAAUAAAGGAACAA